UUUAUAAACUGUAGUGUAAUUCGUAUAACUAUCACUCAUUCUACGGCAACAAACCUAAUAAUGAAACAUGCUGAAACAGAAGGUGGAGAAGAUGAGAUGAGGGUGUGGUCAUCUGGUUAUUUGGCUACCGGUAAAGCCACCCGACAGGUGAAUGCCCAAUGCCAUUAUUAUGUAAUUUCAGAGGAAACCACCGAGACUAUGGGGUCUUUGCAAUUUGCGCGUGAUCCCACAGAUCAACCCCAUACUUUGUGAAUAUUAGGCCUAACUUAAAGCCCAAGGCCUUUUACAAGAAACUCAAAGGAAAAGCUCAGAGAAAAUAACAAAGGGCACAACGCAAUUAAGAAAACUACAGACCGGAUAAACCUUGUCAUCAAAUUCAUAAGUAUCAGAAAAUACAUCACACAUCCAUGCUUAAUUGUAGGUAAAUGUCGCAUUUUUUAUGUUUUGGUUUUAUUUUGAAAACGACUCUCGGAAGCUGUGCCCGCUCCUGCGCAGGGCUUCACACCGGUGUGCUGCUGUCCCGGGUAAGAAAGGUUUACCUGUGCUCACAGACAACAGCAAAUCUUUCCCGGCUCAGGGAAGAGCAGCAUCCAGGAUGAUCCCUGUGGGCGAGUUCAGAAACUUGGGCUCAGAGCAGAACCAAAAGUACAGGGUUCUGAAGCCAUGGUGGGACGUGUUCUCCGAGUAUCUGUGCCUUGCUAUGCUCAUGAUUGGAGUCUUUGGGUGCACUUUGCAGAUCACCCAAGAGAAAAUUGCCUGCCUGCCCAGCCACUACACCAGCCCUACACCCAACGCCAUUGACUGCAGCCACAUCAGAACAUAUGGAGAUAAUGACACACUGGAGACCCCUGACAACCCAAUCAUUGUGGAGGUUCAAGGUCGUAAAAAUGGGCUAGACAUCCACCAGUAUGUGUUUGUGAAUGCUUACUGCUACACAAGGUUUGUCCACUGGUUCGCCAAGUUCUUCCCCUACCUUGUUGUCAUUCACACAAUGGUCUUUAUGGUGGCGAGCAGCUUCUGGUUCAAGUUCCCGGGGACCUCUUCUAUUGAACUUUUCGUCUCCAUUCUUGGGAAGUGCUUUGAUUCCCCAUGGACAACAAGGGCCUUGAGUGAAGUUUCUGAGGAGAGAGGGGAGGAAAAAUUGGUGAGUUUGAGAAGGAACACUAUUUCCAAAGACCCUUCAGAGAAAAAUCGGACAGAUGAUGAGGAAACCGCAGGUCUUCUUCGCUCCUCAUCGGUCAAGUCUAACCCAGAGAGAAAAGCUCCAGAGCCUCAGUCUACCCUCACCGCUUUGGAUAAAAAAGAAGGAGAACAAGCUAAAGCACUGUUUGAAAAAGUGAAGAAGUUGCGUACCCAUGUGGAGGAAGCGGAUCUCUUGUAUGUAAUGUAUGUGCUGCAAACAUCACUAAAAGUCUUGAAGUUUCUGUCUGUUAUGAUCUACACAACAGUCCUAGUUCAUAACAUUCAGAUUGUGGUGCGCUGCAAGGUGCCCCCCGAACUGACAGGUUUUAACAUAUACUGCUGUAACCAUAACAAGGCUCCUCUUUUCUCAAAACUUGCCUACUGCUACAUUUGCUUUGUUGGCGUCUAUGGUCUUGUUUGUAUCUACACUCUUUACUGGCUCUUCCAUCGCCCCCUAAAAGAGUACUCGUUUGAGCAGGUCCGAUUUGAGACUGGCAUUAGUGACAUACCCGAUGUGAAAAAUGACUUUGCCUUCUUGCUUCAUCUUGUCGAUCAGUAUGACUCUCUGUACUCCAAAAGGUUUGCAGUUUUUUUGUCUGAAGUCAGUGAGAGCCGCUUGUACCAUCUCAACCUCAACUAUGAGUGGACGGCAAAAAAGUUACGCACACGUCUUGCCAAGAACUCAAGUAACCGGCUUGAACUGCAUUUGUUAAUGUUGUCCGGACUUCCUGACACAGUCUUUGAGCUUAAUGAGGUGGAAGCUCUCAAACUGGAACAAGUAAAAAAUGUCACCUUUCCUCCCAGUGUGGCUAAGUUGGAUUCUCUACAAGAGCUGUCACUGAUCUACUGCCCUGCAAAACUCCAACUACCUGCAAUGAACUUUUUCAAAGAGCAUUUAAAAGUGCUUCGUUUGGCCUUUGAAAGUGUGGAGGAGCUGCCUUUGUGGAUGUACUCUUUGCAUGAUCUAGAGGAGUUGCACCUAAACGGUCCAUUAAGCAAUGAAGUGUCUCGGAGUACAAGUCUGGACAGCCUGAGAGAUCUGAAAUCGCUAAGAGUCCUCAGUCUUCGUUGUAACUUGACCAAAAUUCCGACUAGUGUUGGAGAUGUGGCAUUACAACUGCAGCGUUUAAGCAUCCACAAUGAAGGGGGCAAGCUCCAGGCGUUAAGCAGUCUCAAGAAGCUAACUAGUCUCAUGUCACUAGAGUUGGUUAGCUGUGGUUUGGAGCGUAUCCCCAGUGCCAUUUUUAGCCUGGCUAAUCUCCACGAGCUAGACCUGAAAGAAAACAGACUCACAACUGUGGAGGAAAUUCUCAGUUUACAACAUUGCCAGCGUUUAACCACACUCAGAUUGUGGCAUAACAAAAUCACAUACAUCCCAGAUCACAUUAGUAAGCUGCACUCUCUGGAGGUUUUGGAUGUCAGCUGGAACAAGAUCCGAAAACUUCCCUCUCGACUUUUUUAUUGCACCAAGCUUCGGCAUCUAGAUGUGUCACACAACCAGCUCACCUCGCUACCCUCAGAGGUGGGCAUCCUUCAAGGGCUUCAGUUCUUCUCCGCUGCUUUUAACUCUUUAGAGAGCCUUCCAGAAGAGCUGUACUCAUGUAAAAGACUGAGGACUCUAGCUAUAGGGAGCAACUGCCUGUCAUAUCUCAGUCCUAAGGUGUCCAAUCUAACACAGCUUGUGCGGUUAGAGCUUAAAGGAAACCGUUUGGGGGCUCUGCCUGUGGAGCUAAGGGACUGUCCCCAGCUGGCCUUGAGCGCGAUCAUAGCAGAGGACAGUCUCCUGGAGCAGUUGUCCACAGAGGUAGAGGAAGAGCAGCCGCAAGACGAAGUCAAUGGAGAUAAUAUUAGUCAGUGAUUCAAAUUCAGCCUCUCGUUGGGUUUAAUUAAGUUUUACAUAUGAAACAAAGGGAAUUGCAUAAGUUUUAAAGUGCGAAUCAUUUAUAUUGUUUUGUUACAUGUUUUUCUAUUGAAAGUGUAACAUUUAUUUAUUUGAAAAGAUGUCAUGGUUGUAAGCAAUCUUAGAUAUCUGUUAUAUACGUGUCUUAAAAGGCCCAUAUUGUGCUAUUUUCUGAUCUAUGUUAUCAUGUUGUUUCCUCAUAACAAACAUAUCCCAAGUUGUGUUUUGUUUUAUUCACACGUUUAAUACCCAAACCCUGCAUAUUUAGGCUGAGUUCUUCUCCCAGACUGAAAACACUCUGUUCCAUCUUGUGACGUCAUGUGGUAAUAAAGGAAAAGCUCCACUGUGUUUUUAAACUCCGAUCACCUCCACUAGAAUCAUUUGGAUGAUUUCAGCUUGAGAAUUGCCACUCUCUACUGGAACAAAGGGAAAAAGUAGCUAGUUAACUUGUUGUUAUUUUAACAAGUCCGACCACUCCUCUUUGCUUAACCUGUGGGGCAGGUUUGAAGUGUACAGAAGAGUUGUUCUCAUUGCACAGUCUCGAGUUUCUCCCUCAGGCCUGACAAAAUCGAACAAAGCUUCCCAGACACAGUAUUAUGACUGGACAGUGCUGCUUUGUUUACAGAUCCUCACAUCUGAUUUAGUUUUUGGUAUUCAACUGAACUUGUUGUUGUUAUGUUGUUAUUUAGCUGAAAUGUAAUACUUGAAUAUUUUUGUUCAAAGUUGUAUAGAUACUUUAUGGUUUGUUUUAUAUGCUUGUUCUCCUCCUGUGUUUUUGUAAAGACCUACUGUGUCCCAUGUCAACUCUAACAGGUUACAGAGCAGGUAGAUCAUGUCACGACCUGUGUGAAGAGAAAACGUUUGCCAGAGUAUCAUGGGUGUUGUACCAUGGAAAUUUCCAACGGCAAUCACAGUCACAAUGCCAGGUCACUUAUUGAUAGUUAAAUAAUUUUGCUGUCAGUGGCUGUGGUGGCUUCAACAAUAACAACUAAAUAAAUGCACAUAUUUGAUAAAAGAUGGCCUUUUAACCUACUUUAUCAUGUGUGUCACUUGGUAAUAACUAUAAAAACACAUGAGUCUGUUUUUAAAAUAUUCUGUUCACAAUUACUCAUGACGAUUUGACUAGUGUCUGCUCCAGGUUAUGCAAGAUUCAUUUCAUUUACAGUAACAAGUACAACUGAUACCAGAAUUAGUCCCUUGUGCCCUUGAAAUGGGCUGUUAUGUGCUGUAGUUUUUGGCUUUGGGGGAAAAAAAAAAAAAGAAAGAAACCGAAAAGUGAUACAGUUUUCAGUUUGUCAGGUGUGUUUAGGCCUUGUGGUCUGAUAAGCGGUCUUCCCCUUUUUGGGUGGUGAAGGAAGAAGUGUCUUUGCUGACUCAUGUUCACAUACCUGCUUUAGUCUGUCCUGAAGAACAAACAUCCAGGAAGUAUUCGUGCAUGUGAAGACACACCCAGGUUAGUUUGCACUGGAGGUGGUGAGCUCGACCUAGUGGUUGUUUUGGAAAAAUAUCUCUCUAAGCUAAUGUGUACUUUUGCAAAUGUUAUGAAAAAAAUACAGUAGGUUACUUUGUUAAACACAUUUAAUGAAAUGUCCAGCAGGCAAAUAGCUGAACUCUAUCUCCACAGUAGGCUUGUAAAGUUGGCCUGUUGCUCUCAAGCAAACAAAAUACCCAUUGUGUCUUGAGAUCUGUGUGCACAAACAUCAGCAAUCUGUGCCACUGUUACCUAUAGGCCUUAACAAUGCCUCUUUCAGCCUGAGCCUCAGUUCACUUAUCUCUUUGACCUUCAGAGCACUUCUCAGGAGGCAUUCUUUUGUAGAAGAGCAUCUUUCAAUAUCACCUUGGGUUUAACAAUAUAUUUACUACAAUAAACUAUAGAGAUAAUCAUUUGUCAGAAUAAGAAUUUUUAGAUUUAACAUUAUUGUCUUAAAGGUUUGUUGUUAAAGGAUUUUUAUAAAGGAAACACUAUUACAAUGUACGGUAGGUGAUACAGUCCAUGAUACACAAACACACAUGGUGACUGCAGCUUCCUGAAAAUAACACCAACAAUAUAAAUUUCAAAGCGUUUAUU